AUGUUAGCACCUUCGCAUUAUGGCCUUUCUAAGCGAGGAUGGGAUAAUGUCGAGGCUGUCAUGCCUAAGAUCAAGGCAGCAGUAGCACAGAGGAAGAUCCAAAACAAUACCAACAUCGAUCUUUCUACGGCCGAGAACUGGCUUAUGAGACCAGAAUUAAUCGAGAUUUGCAAGACGGCUAUUCUAGAACAACUAGAUGCUCGACAUUUUUCCUACCCGCGAGGGUUCGCAGGCGAUCCCGAUCUAUUAGACGCGUUCGCGGGAUUCUUCAACACCUACUUUUCUCCAGCCGUCCCCGUCCUUCCCUCCCACCUAGCAACCGCGCCUGGCGCCGCAUCAUGCAUCGACGCACUCCUCUACAACAUCUGCGAGCCCGGAGACGGCAUCCUGAUGCCGGGGAUGUACUGGAACGGGUUCGACUUCACCAUGCGCGUGCGCCCGCAAGUAACUCCAAUAUCCGUCGUCCUCCCAUCCCUCACCUCGACCUUCUCCUCCACCGAACUCAUCCCCGCCCUAGAAACCGCCUACCGCUCAUCCCAACACCCCAUCCGCGCCCUCAUGAUCACAAACCCACACAACCCCCUCGCAAUCUGCUACCCCAAGGACGUGCUAGCAGACUGUCUCCGCUUCUGCGCAAAGCACAACCUGCACUUCAUCUCCGACGAAGUGUACGCACUCACCACAUUCCACACCCCCGACCUCCCCUCCCCAACCCCUUUCACUUCCGUCCUGUCCCUCGACCUCGACGCCAUCGGCGCAGCGAAAAACCGCGUCCAUGUCGUCUGGAGCACGAGCAAGGACUUCGGGCAAAGCGGCCUGCGUCUCGGGUGCACGAUCUCCCAGGCUAAUGAGGAGAUGGUCGUCGCGCUGGCGCUGGCUGCUAAUACCAUGGUUUCGGCGCUCAGCGCUGUUUUCGUUACGAGGUUGCUUACCGCGCCUGAGUUACCUUCUCUUAUCAAAAUGAAUUCGAAUAGGUUGGGUCGCGCGUAUGGGGUCCUGACGGGGUUCUUUAGGGAGUUUGGGGUGGCUUAUGUGCCGUGUAAUGCGGGCCUAUACCUGUUCGCUCGUCUGGCGGGGGAGGUAAAGACGUGGGAGGAGGAGGAAAGUGUGGUGGAGAGGUUGAAGGGCGCGGGGGUGUUGGUGAGUGCUGGGAAGGCGUAUCAUGGACCGGAAGGUGAGAAGGGGUGGAUGAGGGUCGGGUUUGCGGUGCCGGAGGAGGAGUUGAGGGAGGCGAUGCGGAGGAUGGCGGGGUUAGGGGCUUCUAAGUUAACAACCGCUUAG